UCCGGGCGGGGCAGCGGCGGCGCUUCCUGGUGCGGGGGGGCGGCGCGGCGGGGCAUGGCGCUGGUGACGGUGCGGCGGGCGGGGGGCUCCGCCGGGGGCCCCGCGGAAGAAGAUGCUCCCAGACGUGGCAAACUGCAGCGACGGCAGAGCUUCGUCAUGGUCAAGGGGGCCGCGCGGCUGCUGCCUGCGGAGGAGCCCCCCCCAGCCGAGCCCCCCCCGGCCGAGCCCCCCAGCCAGGCCCCGGGACAGCAGGAGCAGCACCUGCACCUCAUGAUGCAGCUGCUGCGGCCCCAGGACGCCAUUCGGCUGGCGGUGCGGCUGGAGUCGGCGCGGCCGCGGCGGGUGCGGUACCUGCUGGUGGUGCGGCCGGAGGAGGCGGGAGCCGAGGCGGAGACGGCGCUGCUGGGGGUGGAUUUCGCCCACGAGGGGGCCGCCCGCUGCACCCUGGGCAUGGUGCUGCCCCUCUGGAGCGACACCCAGGUGUUCCUCGAUGGCGACGGGGGCUUCAGCGUGACCUCGGGGGGACAGACACGCAUCUUCAAGCCCAUCUCUGUGCAGACCAUGUGGGCCGUGCUGCAGGAGCUGCACCGUGCCUGCGAGGACGCGGCCCGCGGCGGGCACAUCCCCGGCGGCCCAGCACUGGCCUGGGCCCGCGGCUACGCAGCGGCGCUGGGCUCGGAGCAGAGCUGCCUCAACGAGUGGCUGGCCAUGGCCGACCUCGAGUCCGUGCGCCCCGCCUCGCCCACGCCCCUCCGGCCAGCGAUGCUGGAGCUGUCGGAGCAGGCGGUGCGGGCGCUGCUGCGGGAGGUGAUGGCCGCCGCCGACCUGGAGAGCGUCACGUCCAAGGAGGUGCGAGAGGAGCUGGAGCGGCGCACGGGGCACAGCCUGGCCGAGCACAAGGAUUUCAUAGACAACGAGAUGCUGCUGGUGCUGGCGCAGAUGGAUCGGCCUUCCCGCGUCUUCCCGCACCUCUUCCUGGGCUCUGAAUGGAACGCGGCCAACCUGGAGGAGCUGCAGCAGAACAGGGUCACCCACAUCCUGAACGUGGCGCGGGAGAUCGACAACUUCUUCCCGGCGCUGUUCACUUACAUGAACGUGCGGGUGUACGACGAGGAGGCGGCCGAGCUGCUGCCCCACUGGAACGACACCUUCCUCUUCCUCUCCCGCGUCCGGGCGGCGGGAGGCCGGGCACUGGUGCACUGCCGGAUGGGGCUGAGCCGCUCGGCUGCCACGGUGCUGGCCUACGCCAUGAAGGAGUUCGGGUGGCCCCUGGAGCGGGCACUGCGGCACGUCCGGCACUGCCGGCCCGGAGUCCUGCCCAACCCCGGCUUCAUGCGCCAGCUCGACUUCUACCAGGGCAUCCUGAGCGCCAGGUCUGUGGCAGCCGGCACAGCAGCUUGUGGGAGCCCCGAGCGGCCGAGCAGGCGCUGCACCCCGAGGAGGACACCGCGAGGGACACAAGUGGCCUGUCCCCGCUGGCCUCCCCGCUGGCCUCCCCGCAGCCCUCCGAGGAGGAGGCAGCUGCUGGGGGGCUGCUGGGGGCAUCCCCCCGCCCCCGCAUCUCCCUGUGCUCUGUCAUGCGGAGCAUCAGCCUGUUGGAGACCCCCGAGCCCCCCGAGCUGCUGGGAGAGCCCCUGGCUGGAGAGGUGUUUGAGGCCACAGAGGAAGAAGGGGGUCCCUCCCCGAGGUCACGACCCUCGUCCCGCCCGCGUGGUGUGGUGCGCCAGGCCAGCCUGGAUGGCGGCCCCGUCCCGUUUUGUGACCACACCCACAGCGAUGACCACACCCAGUGCCACACCCAUGCACCUGGCCACGCCCACACUGAUGAACCCGCUCCUUAAUUUGGGGGACAUGGGACAGCGACUCCUCGCUGCCAUAGCAACGAGGGGGCGUGGCCUACGCAUGGGGGCGUGGCCAGGCAGCCGGCACGCCCCGCCCACUUCCCGCCUGCACUCUGAGGCUGGGAGGUGCCUGUGCCUCAGCCCCACACGCAAAAACACGGGCACCGCUCCUGCACUGGCAAUAAAGUGUGGAAAUGGCCGCCCCUCAUGUCUUUGUGACCCUGAGCAUCUGAAGGGUGGGGUGCUGUCAGUAGGGAUCAGAAUGAACGCUCUGGGGGCAGCGGGCGGCCACAGGGACCCAGCGGCGCCAUGUUGUGCGGCACGGAGGAAACUACGGCUCCCGGCGGCCUUUGCGCGAGAACAACUUCCGGGUUGCCAUGGCAACCGUCGAGGCCGCGGCCUAGGCCUGGCCUGGCGCCCAGACUGGAAUCAAUGCUGGAAUUACUGCUGGAAUCGGGACGGGGACAGUCCCGAGGCCCGGAAGCGGAGGACUGAAGCAUGCAGACAGCCCGCAGCUCGCUGUGGCCAUAGCAGGGGGGUCCUGGGGACUGUGAUGACAGUGGCCAGGGGGAACCCGGCCUCCCACGAGGUGCUGGUGGACUCCUGGCCCCAUUUCAGCAUUGUCCUGACCCGCCUGCGCCCAGAGGACCACAGGGACCCCAAGGACUACUACACCAACCAGCUGUCUGUGUUCUACCGGGACAAGGGAGCCCUGCAGGCACUGCUGGAGGGCACUGAGGCAGUGACCCAGGAAAGAGCCUUCCAGAUUCUGGGAAUGCAGGAUGGGCUGGAUGAGGCCGUGCAGGAGGUGGCCAGCGCCAGGGGCAUGAAGGUGGAGACGAUCCGGUACCGGGCGCUGAUAAGCCCCGAGCCCCCCCAGCCCCGCAGGCAGAUGCCCCCAGGCCUGCGCCUGGCGCCCGUGUCCCCAUCCCACAUCUCGCUGCUCAACGCCACGUGGGCCCUGGGGGGCAACGCCCGCAGCCGGGCCUUCCUGCUGGGGCUGGUGCGGGCGCUGCCCUCUGCCUGCCUGCUGGACCAGCGCGGCCGCCCGGUGUCCUGGAGCCUGCUGGACGGGCAGGGCUGCCUGCGCCACGGCUACACGGUGCCCGCCUGGCGCGGGCGCGGCCUCACCGGGCUCCCGCUGGCCACACUGGGCCGGCAGCUGCACGCCCGCGGCUUCCCCAUCUACUGCUCCGUGCUGCCCCACAACACGGCCUCGCUGCGCGCCCUGCAAGCCGUCGGCUUCGUGCCCCAGCCCGGAACCUUCUACAUGAUCCUGGGCACCCCAAAGUAGUGCCCAGGGACAGGGCGCCAAGGUGGGGGGUGUCUGUCCUGGGGGUGGGGUUACCUGCGCCCAAGAGAGCCUGGAUCCCCACCCUGUGAGAGAGGGGAGCACCCCAGCUCCCACACCGAGCUCAGGUUGGAGCCCUUCACUCUGCUCCUUACUGAUGGCACUGGUGGGAACAUCCCCAAUUCCAUACUGAGCUCAGGAUGUGGAAUGUU